AUGUUCAACUAUCUCAUUCUUGUUGACUAUUUCUCUGGAUACUUUGAGGUUGAUGAACUGCGCCAAACACUUGCAACCAAUGUCAUCCAGAGAAUGAAGUAUCACUUUGCUCGAUACGGAUUACCUGAGAUUGUCGUCUCGGACAACGGUCCCCAAUUCUCAUGUCUCGAGUUUCUGAACUUUGCAGAAGAAUAUGACUUCAGACAUCAGCCGAGUAGUCCUGGAAAUUCUCAAGCCAUCGGAAAAGCUGAGGCUGCAGUGAAAACAGCAAAGACUAUCAUCAAAAAAGCUCUGGCGUCUGGAAGGGAUGUGUAUCUGGCACUGCUUGAUCUCAGGAACACACCGACCCAAGGACAGAACACAAGCCCUGUACAGCGCUCUCUUGGUCGCCGUACACGUACGCUCUUACCAAUGACAACCACCCUACUCCGACCAGAAGGCAUACAGACUGACGAUAUUCACCGUAAGAUCCUGCAGCGAAAGGAAACACAGAAAAGCUAUUUCGACAGAAAAUCGAAGGCCCUCAAGCCUCUCGAGGAAGAUGAUGUGGUUCGUCUUCAACCAUUCGUCAACCGUAAAGCCCCUUGGGCUAAAGGUCAAGUCAUCAGUCGUCUAGAUGACCGCUCCUAUGAAGUCAGUUCUGGAGACCGUAUAUACCGGCGCAAUCGAGUACACCUUAAGGCUACCAAUGAACCUCCAGUGAUGACCUUUUCACCUAACACACCUGUGCAUGCACCGUCUGUAGUACCUACUCCAAAAACACCGACUAAACCUAAUUCACCGGUUAAGGUCAGCCCACAGCCUGUGCAACCACAUAUCACUGUACCUCCGGCACCGAUGCCAAACUUACCUGAUGCUCGUAUUACCACAUCAGCUCCGAAGGCUGAUUCAGCAGUGAAAACGCGAUCUGGCAGGACAGUUAACCUACCUUCGCAUCUUAAGGAUUUUCAGAUUGAUGUUAAGAGAUAA